AUGGAGUUGGUCAUCCUCGCCAGGCAGAGAGGGUUCGGGGAAAACUUUCGCCUGAGCGUUGCAGGUGAGGUAAUCUGCUCGAGACUGGUGGUGCGCUACCUUGGAAUGUGGAUUGAUUCACAACUCACAUUCGGGGAGCACAUCAGGAGAGCAGCCGAUGAAGCCGCUGGGGUCUCUAGGAUGCUUUUACGGUUAAUGCCGAAUGUUGGAGGUCCGCGGGAAGUUAAAAGGCGGCUCCUUGCGUCGGUCUUCAACUCGAUCCUGCUGUAUGGCACGGAGGUAUGGGUUGAUGCAUUCGCGAGGAAGGAUGUCCGAGAGCGCUUAACUUUGGUUCAGCGUAUCGGGUCCAUUAGAAUCGCAUUUUCCUACCGCACGGUCUCCUCUGCUGCUGCUAUUGUGAUAGCACAAACGAUUUUCGUCGUGUUGCUUGCGCGGGAGCGGCGAAGGAAAUUUCUGGGCUCCAGCGACGAAAGUGAUAGCGACAGGCACGAAGAAACGUUGAUGACGUGGCAACAGGAAUGGGGUCAGAGUGUUGUGGGUAGAUGGAUGCAAUGCCUGCUUCCGCACCUACGGCCAUGGGAAGAAAGAGGGCAUGGAGAGGUAAACUAUCACCUCACCCAGUUUCUCUUUGGGCUUGGUCAGUUCGAUGCCUAUCUCCACCACAUGGCGGUGAAGGCAUUACCUAGGUGUUCUUACUGCCCUGCUUUGGAUGAUACCUUCGAAUAUACGUUUUUCGUGUGUGAGAGAUGGCACCGUGAGCGCCAGCAGCUGGUGGACAAGAUCAGCGUGGCACCCACUUCUGAAACUAUUAUCUUGGAGAUGCUAAGCAGCUAA